AUGGGUAACAGCGGAGUGCGAGCCCGAGAUGUGUCAAGCGCGCGGCCGGGACGUGCCCGGAAUGGGCCGCGCGGCUCUGCGCGUGGGCGUGAGAGGACAGCAGCGGAGGCGCGCGGCGCGGAAUGCCGGCCGGGAAUCAGGCGGCGCGGCGCCCGGCUCAACGCGGCGUGGAGGGGGCGGCACCGCCUGGCGACGCCGUCGUCGCUGCCUCCCGUCCCUGGGGCGUCAGCUCAGGACGUGCUGGUGACAGUGGAGCAGGGCGUGCUGAGGGGCAGCGUGGUCAUCAGCAAGCUGGGCACGCCGUACGCCGCCUUCAGAGGAGUCCCCUACGCCACGCCUCCACUGGGAGAUCUCCGGUUCCAGGCGCCGCAGCCGGCUGCGAGCUGGUCGGGCGUUCGCGACGCCCUGGAGGAGGGGUCGGCCUGCACACAGGUGCCGCUUCCGGAUAUCACAACGGCGAGAGACCCCGGCGACGAGGACUGCCUCGUCCUCAACUUGUACGUGCCCCUCAACACCACUGAGCCGCCCGCAGUGUACGUCUGGAUGCCGGGAGGCGCCUACUUUGUUGGCAGUGGCACCAUCGCUCAGUAUGGGCCAGACCUCCUCAUAGAAGAAGGUAUCGCUGCGGUCACUGUCAACUACCGCCUCGGAGCUCUAGGAUUUCUCAGCACUGAGGACGAGGUGAUCCCUGGCAACGCAGGCCUGAAGGACCAGGUGAUGGCCCUGCGGUGGCUGCAGCAGAACGUCGCAGCCUUCGGCGCUGACCCAGAAAAGGUCACAGUCGGCGGGGAGAGCGCUGACGGCAGCUCAGCGGCCCACCACCUCAUAUCGCCCAGCUCCGCAGAAAAUGUGAAUUUGGUGAAUGAUGGAAGGAGAGAAGGUUUGGUUUGCACACUGCACAUUUUAUGUCAAGACUGUGAUUCUGACACACCAUUUAAGACAUCGAAGACAGGGAAAAGCAUGUAUGAAGCCAAUAUGAGAUUUGCAUUGGACUAA